CUUCGUUCUCCUACCAUAUCCCCCCCUCUACACCUUUUUCUACAUUUUAACCUCACUUCUUAACUUUGGUGUCGCUCAGGAUCUGGUUAGAUUUCACCAGACCUACUCGUGAACACAAACACUACUGAGUGUGAGUUUGUUCACAGGGUACGGUUGCGUUGGUCCAUUAUAGACCAAUGCGAAGUUUGGCUGAGGCAACCACUCGCUCACAGCUCCAACUUCAACAGCUGUAACAUAACAGCCUCAAGACAAGCUCCAUACAAGCUCGACAAGUCCCUGUAGCCUCAAUACAGGCUACCAUCAUGUCGAGCACUAUUCCCACAAACCCAAACGCACAGACCGUGGCAGCGUUGUUGCCCAAGCUCCAAGAUCCAGACCCGGACUAUCGGUACAUGUCGCUGAACGAUCUGUUCCAAGUCCUCACCAUAGGUCGCCCGGAUUUCUUAUACAAUGACUACAACACCGCUGCCAGAGCAGUAGACGGCAUCAUCAAUACGUUAGACGACCAGAAUGGCGAAGUCCAGAAUCUGGCUAUCAAAUGCCUUGCACCCCUCGUUACUAAAAUCCCAAACACGAUGCUGGCACCUCUUAUCGAAAAGCUCUCCAGCCUCACCACUGAGAAUUCCGUUGACAACUCUAUCCCAGCCACUGCGCUCCGCAUGGUCGUCAUUACCCUCCCUCGCCCAGUCCCGGGUGUGGCUCCUACAAAAGAAGUCAUUGAAGCAUAUACUGCAAUGAGCCGUGUUCUCAUCCCCAGGCUUAUUGGACAUCUUGUUGUUGCCCCAUCCGGGCGUUCGAACCAGCCAGCGCCGCCUGGGAUGCUUCAGAUCGGCUCCAAGAAGGAGGUGGACGCUGAGGCAGUAGACGUCUUGAUCGAAGUUGCCAGGUGCUUUGGUCCCAUGUUGCAGCAGCCUGAAGUUGCAGCGUUGCAAGAAGCAAUCGUUGGAAUAAUCGAGAAUGAAAAGGCCAGCUCGGUCGUCAAGAAACGGGCCGUCGUGGCCAUUUCUAUUCUGGCGGUUUACCUUUCGGACAGUUCUCUCAGCGCCUUCAUUCAACAUCUUAUUGAGAGCUUCAGAAAUGUGCACAUAACUCCCAUCCAGCAACGACUAUACAUCACCAUUCUCGGCUCGAUGGCUCGGUCGAUUCCCCUGCGCUUCGGCCCUUACCUGAAGGGCAUUGCUCCAUUCGUCCUGUCUACGCUAAGCCAGCAAGAGCUCGAUAACCAGCUCGAAGAAGCAGCUGAUGAUGGUGAGCCAAACCCAGAAGUUGAUGAUGUGAGGGAGGCCGCGCUUGUGGCUCUCGAAGCAUUCAUCUCCUCAUGUGGCAACGAGAUGCGAUUGUACACUGAAGAGAUAAUUUCUUCGGCAAUACGCUUUCUCAAAUACGACCCCAAUUAUGUCGAUGACGAUGAGGAUGAUGAGGAGAUGGGCGGAACACAGUCCAACGAUGACGAUGACAGCGUUGGCGACGACGAUGAUUUUGAAGACGAUGCCGGAUUUGAUGACGACGAUGAUGAUGCAAGCUGGAAAGUGCGGCGUUGCGCCUCCAAGGUGCUAUACACUCUGAUCGGAACGAGAGCUAGUGGAGACCUUCUCGAAGAUGGGACAUUGUACUCGCAAGUUGCACCCGUGCUGAUUAGCCGGUUUAAUGAGAGGGAACAGAACGUUCGACUGGAGGUCAUUUCGGCCAUGGCUCUGCUUAUUCGAAAGACAGGAGAAGGCUCGGCCGCUCUUCAGGCUAACGAAGGGAGUCUGGACUACAUGUCCCAGCCGACGAGUCGUAAGCGUAGACGAGACAGCUCGAUAACCUUUGAUACCAAACCUCUGAUUACAAUGUCAGCUGGGCUUACUUCCCCCAUCAUCGAGCCUCUCCCUCCAUCGGGACCGAGAGCAGACCUGUCCAGGCUCAGCCCAACUUUAGUCAAGGCAGUGGCGAAGCAACUCAAGGGCACUUCUAUUCCCACGAAGCAAGCGGUAAUCAAUCUUCUCGCGAACCUUGUGUCCGUGCAGCAUGGUGGCCUUUCAGAGUACUUUUCUCAGCUCGUCGACCCUGUAGUCGAUGCCAUCAAGGGCACGGGUGCUUCUUCCGCGCCAUCCUCGGGCGUAGUCACUACUGGCUCUGCUUCGGCAACAGUCAGCACACUGCGCGUCUCUGCUCUCAAACUCAUAAGCGACCUUUGCGAGACACACUCUUCUAGCGUCCUUCAGCCUUUCCUCCCAAAGAUCGUUCCGGGGGUUGUGUCUGCCGUCAAGGAUCGAUACUACAAGAUUUCAGCAGAAGCUAUCGUGACAGUUGAGCAGCUCGUAAAGGCUUUGACGCCACCUCGGUCACGCAUGGUCGGUGCCAAACAUCAAACCGAUAUACAGAAUCUCUACGAUGUCAUAAUAAACCGCGUUUCUUCCAACGAUGCCGAUCUGGAGGUUCGAUCCCGCGCUAUCCACGCUCUCGGUAUCUUGCUGGCGCGCACUACCAGUGGCGAUGGUGCCAAGCUUCUCUCCCAGGAUGAUAGGGAUGAGGCUUUACAGCUGCUGAAGGAUAGAUUGAAGAACGAGACUACCAGGAUUGCAUCGGUUCGUGCCAUCGACACUGUUGCUGCCUUGAGCACUGGCAAGGAUCAGCUGAAGCCGGACUGGGUCCGAGAGGUAUCCUUGGAGCUAGCAGCCCAGCUUCGAAAGGCCGACCGCUCUCUUCGUGGCGCAAGCUUAGCUGCCCUCAAAAACCUGAUCGUCACGCCGGCGGCGAGAAAUAGCAUGGACCAUUCCACCAUAAGUGACCUGGUCGCAUCUCUCUUGCCUCUGCUGAACACAAACGACCUCCACCUAUUGGGUCCUGCUCUGCUUGUCACUGCCUACUUGGUUGAGGAUGAUGCCAAGACUGUCGUGUCUCCUGGUUUGAACAAGGCUCUUUGUGACCUUCUAAUGACGCCUCUAGGAGGAGCCGUCCUCGAUGCUUUGCUCGUACUGGUCAAGAAUAUUGCCGGCAAGGGUUCCGGUCAGCCUCUGAUGGGCGGCCUCCUUCAAGAAGUCAGCAUAAAUGGAGAUCCAACUGUCGUUGGCAAAGUCAUCGGCACGCUUCUCGUAUAUGGAGGUCCUUCUGUUGGCGUCACUAUAGAUAUGUUCAUCCAAGAGCUUGAUGGAAGCUCUGACGAUAUUCGGAAGAGUCUGGCCCUGUCUGUCCUGGGCGAGGCAACCCUUCGUAUGGGGCCAAAUUCGCCGUUGAAACCCGAAACUUUCAUGUCUCAUUUCACAUCUGAAUACACAAAACUUCCGCUGGCUGCAGCGGUCGCCCUAGGACGUGCCGGGGCUGGAAAUACGGCGUUGUAUUUGCCUGCCAUUCUUAAUAAGAUGAACGAAGGAGGGAAUACGCAGUAUCUUUUACUCCAUUCUAUCAAGGAAAUUUUGCUAGAGGCUGGUAGCAAUUCUAUGGAUAUUGGUUCUCAGUCAAAGGCCAUUUGGGAUAGAUUAACUCUCGCCUCCCAGGUAGAGGAUAACAAAGCAGUUGGCGCCGAGUGCAUUGGAAGAUUAGCCAUUCUCGACCCGAAGCUGUACAUGCCAAAGCUGCAGGCCUACCUUCAAGAUCCUUCCCCAUCCAUCCGUGCCAUGGGUAUCCAGGCCAUUCGUUACACCUUACCAGAUAGCGACGAAACUUUCGAUGCCAUCUUGAAGCACUCGCUGAUUGACAUGCUUACGACAAUGCUCAACGAUACGGAACUCGAGAAUAGAAGACUUGCUUUGACAACCCUCAAUUCUGCUGCGCACAACAAGUCGGAUAUACUUCUUCCGCGCCUAGGACAAUUGAUGCCGCUGGUGUUGAGAGCAUCCGUCAUACAACCAGAGCUGAUUCGAGAAGUCAUGAUGGGCCCUUUCAAGCACAAGGUGGACGACGGCCUUGAAGUCCGCAAAAGCGCAUACGAAACUCUCUAUGCGCUUAUGGAGACUUCCUUCUCGCGCAUCAAUAUCCUAGACUUUUAUGACAGGGUCAUCGCUGGGUUAAACGACGAGCAUGACAUCCGCUCUUUAUGUAACUUGAUGCUUACGAAGCUGGUUGUAUUGGAUUCGGAGGAGACCGCCAGGAGGCUCGACUCGAUUGCCGAAUGUUUCCGAACGAUCCUUUCGACCAAGUUGAAGGACAAUGCUGUGAAACAGGAGAUCGAGAAGCAAGAUGAGGCACGCAAAGGGGUUCUACGCGUUAGUCUUCUGUUGCACAAUGCCAUCCCAGCGGCCUCUUCAAACAUGGGCAUAGCAACUGGUCAACACCAGACUUGGCGGACAUUUUGGGAGUGGGUGGAGAAAGAUUAUGAGCCACAGCUUCGUCACAUCCGUGAUGAGGGGCGUGAAACCGGUCCUACUUAUUAGCUUUAGCGGCCUAUCUACUAUGAAUUUGAUGAGACAUGAACUCAACGAUAGAUACCACAAUACAAGAUUGGUAUGAACAACUGG